UAUCAAGAAAAUAUGGUUCAUCUGGGUGAACAUAAAUGGACGCAUGUGUUCCCUUUUCUGGCGGUGUCACUGGUGUACUCUGCUAAUGCUGAAUAUUCUAACUGCGGUGAAAAUGAAUACUAUAACCAGACCACUGGAAUGUGCCAUGAUUGUCCCCAGUGCAAGCCAGGAGAAGAGCCUUAUAUGACUUGUGGCUAUGGCACCAAAGAUGAAGACUACGGCUGCAUUCCUUGUCCGUCUGAAAAGUUUUCUAAAGGAGGUUACCAGAUAUGCAGGCGUCAUAAAGAUUGUGAGGGAUUUUUUCGAGCCACUGUCAUGACACCUGGUGAUACAGAGAAUGAUGCAGAAUGUGGGCCUUGUCUCCCUGGUUACUACAUGUUGGAAAACAGACCCAGGAACAUCUAUGGCAUGGUUUGCUACUCAUGCUUGUUGGCACCUCCUAACACCAAGGAAUGUGCUGGCAUGACCUCUGGUGUUUCAGCCAUUUUCCCAAGUACCUCUGGCACAAACACGCUCUCGCCUUUUCAGCAUGCACACAAAGCAGAUCUUUCAGGACAAGGGCAUCUGGCUACUGCUCUAAUAAUUGCCAUGUCUACUAUAUUCAUAAUGGCUAUUGCCAUUGUCUUGAUCAUCAUGUUUUACAUUGUGAAAACAAAACCUUCUGGUCAAGCCUGUUGCACCAGCCAUUCAGUAAAAACAGUCGAAGCUCAAGCCAAUAUGCAAGAAGAGAAGACAGACGUACAAGAAAAUGUUGUGAUUUUCUCAGAGAAAGAGGAGUUUGAAAAACUGACAGCAACUCCAGCUAAGACUGUUAAAAGUGAAAACGAUGCAUCUUCUGAGAAUGAACGACUUUUAAGCCGAAGCAUGGACAGUGAUGAAGAAGCUGCUGUUGAUAAACAAGGGACCCCAGACCUGUGCUUGUUAUCUUUAGUUCAUCUCACCAGGGACAAAUCUUCUACAAAUAACAAAUCAACCGGGAUUCAAAGUCGAAGGAAAAAGAUACUUGAUGUGUAUGCCAACGUAUGUGGUGUUGCCGAAGGUCUCAGUCCCACAGAGCUGCCAUUUGAUUGCCUGGAGAAGACCAGCAGGAUGCUCAGCUCAACGUACAACUCAGAAAAAGCUAUUGUGAAAACAUGGCGCCACCUUGCUGAGAGCUUUGGACUAAAGAGGGAUGAAAUAGGUGGUAUGACAGAUGGCAUGCAACUCUUCGACCGCAUCAGCACAGCCGGCUACAGUAUCCCAGAACUUCUAACCAAACUAGUGCAAAUUGAGCGGUUAGAUGCUGUUGAGUCUUUGUGCGCAGAUAUUUUGGAGUGGGCACAAGUGAUGCCUUCACCUGAACCAGUGGUUACAUCCUGA